AGGAGUGGUGCUGCCAGCACAAGGGCAUCGGCUGUGGGCGCGGCGAGGGCAGCGGCGGCGACGCGGCGCCGAGGCAGGAGGCCGCCCCGGCGCGGCCGCCAGACGACGAGAAGACCACGUCGCCUCCUGCGACCCCGGCGCCUCCUGGCACGACGGCGCAGUGGUCCUUCAACUGCCAUCAUUUCCUGCUCCAGUGGCAGUUUGCGUGGUCAAAGGCGAAGCAGGAGUACUGCUGCUCCCACGAGAGCCUCGGGUGCCCCUCGACCAGCACCACCACGACGUGGACGACCACGACCGUGACGUCCACCAGCACGAGCACGACCCGGACCACCAGCACCAAUACCACCAGCACUGCCACCACAACGACGACGACGAGCUCGUACCAGUACGCCUGCCACGAGGACAUGCUGGACUGGGAGACCUCGUGGUCAGAGGAGAAGGCGAGCUGGUGCUGCCUCAACGAGGGCAUCGCGUGCACGACGACGUCGACGACGCUCACGACCACCACCACGACGGUGACUCGCACGAUUACGACGAGCACUUCGACAAGUUCAACAAUCACAAUCACUCUGACGACCACGACAACAAGCACGUCCUCGACGACAACCUCCUCCUACGAGUACGACUGCAACGAGGGGCUGGCCAACUGGGAGGAGGGCUGGUCGGAGCUGAAGAAGUCCUGGUGCUGCUACCAUCAGGAGAUUGGGUGCACGACCACCAGCACAACGGUCACUAGGACGACCACGACGCGCACGCAGACGACCAGCACCUCGACGCAGACCAUCACCCUCACCAACACCACGACGAUCACCACGUCCACCAGGAC